ACUGUUUGAGGAAUGCAAAUGCAAAACCAUCAGAAGUAGGAAGUAAACCAUCCGCACAUUUCCAAUUGUUGCGAAUGUGAAAUACUGUUUGUUUUCGUAUAGGCGCGGGGAUAUUAUUCCGACUUCAGUAAUUUCAUGGUAGGCUACAUUUUGUAUGCAAGUUGACUUUAUGAUGAAGACCUGAUGCCAGAAGCAAGAGGAAGAAAAGGGAUCUCUCUCGCUGGUUGAUGGACCGUCAUAAAGAGCAGGGCAAUACCCUCACAUUAGAGCAAAGCAGAUACGCCUUCCCUUUGACCCAGUCAAUGGAUAUACAAUUACAGCGGACUACAUCACACCAACUGUGCAUGGUUAGGAGGAGAUAAACUUCUACUCCAACAUAAGCUCAUCCAGGAACACAGGGAAUAUGGAGGAAAACGAUGUGGAGAAGAAAAUGACGGUACACCAGACUUCGUAUGGAGCCAUCAAUGGUGACAUUAUGGGGGACACCUGCCCAACUUGUCAUGGCAUUGGACGCAUUCCAAGAGGACAUCAGGACCAGUUGGUCGCCGUCAUCUCAUGCAGUGACCAAAGACUGAAACCAAGACACACGAAACUCUACGUGUUCAUCUCAGUGGCCUUGAGUCUCUUCUUCUGUUUUUUGAUCCUCUUCUUCCUCUUCCCUCGGAGUAUAACCAUUCUGCCUGUGUCUGUGAAAUCAGUGAUGGUCUUCUUCACGCCAAACACAGUGGAAAUGCAGGUUACUAAUGUCCUCAACAUCAGCAACGAUAAUUUUCUUGAAGUUAAAAUCCUUGACUUUGACGUUCAAGUGCUGAUUAAUAAAAUGAUUCAGGGAAGGAUCAAGAUAUCUAACAUGACCUCGCUUAAACCAUCUUCACAAAGAGCGUAUACAAUUACCGUACCUGUUAUGCUUGAUGACGCAGGCAUGAAUAAUUUCUGCAAGUCCAGCUCCAUCAAGAUCCACACAUUGUUUUUGCAUUUGCAAAUGACCAUGAAUGUUUCUUACCUAGCCCACUCAGAGCAGUUGUCAAGGGAUACGUUCGAGUACGUAGACUGUGGAGCCAACACCACCACACCCCAUCCCAUAAUGAGCUGAUGAAACUGAAAGCUGUCAGGAAGUGUCUUUUGCGUCAGCGGUGUACCGAAUUAAUCGAUUGUCUAAUCCAAUGACAAACCAGAGCUUUGAGUAAAUAUGUCAGUUUUAUUUAAUGCCAAACUGUGAAACUAUUUGAGUGUUCUACUGAAAGGGAUUUGUUGUGUUGAAGGGAAACAAUAUGAUUGGAAGCCCCCUUUGCACUUUGGAUUUGUAUUAUUGGAGAGGCAGAGCAUUUUCAAUUAUGCCAAGUUUAUAUCCUAUGUGCCACUCUUCAACAUAUUGUUUUAGACUUUUUUAUUUCAAUGAAUGCUGUAUUUUUUAUGCUUUCUUAAUACUUUUUUCUUAAAGAAUGCAAAUGAUGAUUGUUUUCUGUUUGCCAAUGUUUACUAAACUACUGGUCUUCAUACAGUUUCAAGGUAAUAGUUUUAAAUGCACAAUGUGCUUCUGGUAAAAAGCAAAUGAUGUGCCUAAACUUUGCAGUAGCAGUCAUUUUGGGGUUGUUUUUGAGUAACUGGGUCUAUGAUGUAUGUUUGCACACUUUAAUGCUGUCACUUUAUUUUCAUGACCAGGUGCAAUGAGCACCAACAUAGGCUGGCAACAUCCACAUAUUCUUUGAAGUUGAUAACAGUGAACAUAUCUCUGUAACAUGGUAAAUAAAUGAGGUCUAAUUUGACUUGAUACAAGAAAUGUCCACAUCAGUAAGGGAAGACUCUUUACCAAAGAAUAUCAUUGUUUAGUUUUUUUCCAUUGUUGUUUAAUUUUGUCCGUUGAUGAGGGCAUUCUUUCUGCCUGUCAGUGAGUCAGAAAACAACAGACAAAUCAGAGUAAGCAUGUCGUUGUCAUGAAGAGUCGUUCACGACAAGGUAGUGUGUGGUCAUGUGGUAUUCGAGUUUUGGACAGACCUCACCACUGCUGGUUGUACUGAAUGGACUGAAACAGAUACAAAAAAAAAUUGAAUAAUAUAUGAGAUUGUCUUCAAGACAUUUGCACUUUCUGUUUGCCAAAAUACUGUUGGAACCGGUUUAACUGGUUAGGCUAUACUAUGCAAUUGUAUCUUUCUGUGUUUUUGAUUUAAAUCAUUGAAGCGGAUGCAAAUACCAAUCUUCUUGUUUAAUUGUAAUAAUUGAGUGAUCAGUGUAAUAAAUAAAAAAUACUCACAGAGUAUCUGUUGUCAA